AUGACUUUAAAAAAAAUAGAAGAUUUAUAGGAAACUCAUAAAAUAGUUUAUGUUCAUCCUAUCAAUUAUAGAAAAUAUAGUAUGAUUAAUGAGAGAAAUAGUUUAUAUGGAGUUACAAUAGAUUUUAGAUUUUUAGAAGAAAUAUUAACAAAUUAGUAUUUAGCAAGUUCGCACUUAUUGUUCUAUUGUAACUUAUUUAGACAUGCUUAUUAAAAUAUAAAAGUAAUAAACAUUUGAUUAUAGAUUGCAAUAGCUCAAUGUUAUUUUUUUGCAGAAUACAUGGAAGCAUCUACUAAACAAAUUGAUAACUCAAUGUUAGAUACUUAAUUAUUUGCUAAGAAUUAUGAUAUUGAUCAUAAGACAGAUUAAUUGAAUUAAAAAUCUAGUUCUGAAUUAUAGAAUUAAAUUACUAUAACUUAGAAUUAAGGUGUUAAUAAUAUAACUAGCAAUAAUAAAUAAUGGACAUUUCAAGUUACAAAUAUAACUGUUGUUAAAAAUAAUCCCCUUUAAAAUAAAGAGAAAUACAAUGUUAGUAAAUUAGAAACUUUACUAACAUAAAUGGCUUCUUAAAAUGAUUUAAAAGAUAUUCAAUCUUUAAAUUAAUAAGAGUAUCUAUUCUUUCCAAUUAAUUAACAAAAUAAUCAUUGGAUUAGUUUAAUUAUCUGUCUAAAAGAAAAGAAGAUUAGAUACUUUGAUUCCUAUAACUCUCAUACAAAUUAAGAUAUUAUUAAAGCAGCCAUGGAGAUACUUAAAUUUAUUGGUGUUACUAUGCCUUCUGAAUAUACUAUUUCAACUCAUUAUAAUAAGUAAGAUAAUGGGUAUACUUUAUUAUGACUAUUAAUAGUUUCGAUUGUGGAAUCUUUACAUUGAUAUCAUUACUAUAUACUUAUCAAAGACUACCCUAUAAUUAUAAUUAAUAACUUGUGACCAAAUAUAGAUAAUCAAUCUUAUACAACUUUGCAAUUGUGGGAUCUCAAAUACAAGUAAAUUAAGAAUUACUUGAAAAAAUUAUUUAAUUGUCAAUGCUCUGA